GGCCUUGGCUGCAAGUGGCGCCUGAGCUUGCGCCUGAAACAGCUGACAGACCGGCUCUUGGGUUCCGGCGUCAGGUUUGGUGGCGGCCCCUGAGGCUUGGCGAAAGAUUCUCCCCAAGUGUCACAAAGUGCUGUGUAAACCCUUCGUCUCAGAGGGAAACACAUCGUCAUGGCCAGGAUUCCAGGAAGGAACUUCAGUUGUGCCGGUCACUUUCUCUCUGAUAAAAUAGAAUUGACUCAUCUCCCAUACUCACAGACAAUGUAGGCAGCAGCUGAGUGGAUGGGUUGGGGAAUCAUGUAGUCUCUGCACUAUACCAGAUAUUCCCAUUCCUGUGACACUGCUCUGGGCUCCCUGUGCUACAUGGAAUGUGCCAGGAGGUAUCUGAAGCCACUAGAUAAAAACAAAAGUCUGUAUUCCUGGAGCAAACAUUUUUAGUUGAACCAGAGGAUUCACCCAUCGCUUCUAUGGCUGCCUCACAAACUUCACAGACUGUUGCAUCUUACGUUCCUUUUGCAGAUUUAUGUUCAACUUUAGAACGAAUACAGAGAAGUAAAGGACGUCCAGAUAAAAUCAGACACUUCACGGAAUUUUUAGAUUCUUGGAGAAGAUUUCAUGAUGCUCUUCAUAAGAACCAGAAAGAUACCACAGACUCUUUUUAUCCAGCAAUGAGACUUAUUCUUCCUCAGCUAGAAAGAGAGAGAAUGGCCUAUGGAAUCAAAGAAACUAUGCUUGCUAAGCUUUAUAUUGAAUUGCUCAAUUUACCUAAAGAAGGAAAAGAUGCUCUUAAACUUUUAAAUUACAGAACACCAACUGGAACUCGUGGAGAUGCUGGAGACUUUGCAAUGAUUGCGUACUUUGUGUUGAAACCAAGAUGUUUACAGAAAGGAAGUUUAACUAUACAGCAAGUAAAUGACAUUUUAGACUCAAUUGCCAGCAAUAAUUCUGCCCAAAAAAAGCACUUAAUAAAGAAGAAUCUUCUUCAGCUUAUAACUCAGAGUUCAGCACUUGAACAGAAAUGGCUUAUACGGAUGAUUGUGAAGGACUUAAAGCUAGGUUUUAGUCAGCAAACUGUAUUUUCUAUUUUUCAUAAUGAUGCUGCUGAGUUGCAUAAUGUUACCACAGAUCUGGAAAAAGUCUGUAGGCAACUGCAUGAUCCUUCAGUAGGACUCAGUGAUAUUUCUAUCACUUUAUUCUCUCCUUUUAAACCAAUGCUAGCUGCAAUAGCAGAUAUUGAGCGAAUUGAGAAGGAUAUGAAAAACCAGAGUUUCUACAUUGAAACCAAGCUAGAUGGGGAGCGUAUGCAAAUGCACAAAGAUGGGGAUAAAUAUGCAUACUUCUCUCGAAAUGGAUAUAAAUAUACUGAACAGUUUGGUGCUUCUCCACAGGAAGGUUCUCUUACACCAUUCAUUCAUAAUGCAUUCAAAACAGAUAUACAAAUUUGUAUUCUUGAUGGUGAGAUGAUGGCCUACAAUCCUAGUACACAGACUUUUAUGCAAAAGGGGAAUAAGUUUGAUAUUAAAAGAAUGGUAGAAGAUUCUGAUCUGCAAACUUGUUACUGUGUUUUUGAUGUAUUGAUGGUCAAUAAUAAAAAGCUAGGACAUGAAACCCUGAGAAAGAGGUACGAAAUUCUUAGUAGUGUUUUUACACCAAUACCAGGUAGAAUAGAAAUAGUGCAAAAUACACAAGCUCAUACUAAUAAAGAAGUAAUUGAUGCUCUGAAUGAAGCAAUAGAUAAAAGAGAAGAGGGAAUCAUGGUAAAACACCCUCAAUCCAUUUAUAAGCCUGACAAAAGAGGUGAAGGGUGGUUAAAAAUUAAACCAGAGUAUGUAAAUGGACUGAUGGAUGAACUGGAUGUCGUAAUUGUCGGGGGCUAUUGGGGUAAAGGUUCACGGGGUGGAAUGAUGUCUCAUUUUUUGUGUGCUGUAGCAGAGAAGCCCCCUUCUGCCGAAAAACCAUCCGUGUUUCAUACUCUCUCUCGUGUUGGCUCAGGUUACACCAUGAAAGAAUUGUAUGAUCUAGGUUUGAAACUGGCAAAACACUGGAAGCCUUUUCAUAAAAAAGCUCCACCAAGUAGCAUUUUAUGCGGAACAGAGAAGCCAGAAGUGUACAUUGAGCCUUGUAAUUCUGUCAUUGUUCAGAUUAAAGCAACAGAGAUUGUUCCCAGUGACAUGUAUAAAACCGGCUGUACUUUGCGUUUUCCACGAAUUGAAAAGAUAAGAGAAGACAAGGAGUGGCAUGAGUGCAUGACUCUGGAUGACUUAGAACAACUUCGGGGGAAAGCAUCAGGGAAGCUCGCGUCUAAACACCUUUAUGUCGGUGGUAAUGAUGAACCACAAGUAAAAAAGCGGAAAGCUGCCCCAAAGAUUAAGAAAGGUAUUCAGAUUAUCGAGCAUUUAAAAGCACCUAACCUUUCUAAGGUAAACAAAGUUUCCAAUAUAUUUGAGGAUGUGGAGUUUUGUGUUAUGAGUGGAAUAAACAGCCAUCCAAAGUCUGAGCUGGAGAACAGAAUUGCAGAAUUUGGUGGUUAUAUAGUACAAAACCCAGGCCCAGAUACAUACUGUGUUAUUGCAGGAUCUGAGAACAUAAGAGUGAAAAACAUAAUUUCUUCAGAUAAACAUGAUGUUGUCAAGCCUGAGUGGCUGUUAGAAUGUUUUAAGGCCAAAAGCUGUGUGCCAUGGCAGCCUCGCCAUAUGAUUCAUAUGUGCCCAUCAACAAAACAACAUUUUGCUCGUGAAUAUGAUUGUUAUGGUGAUAGUUAUUUUGUUGAUACAGAUUUGAACCAACUGAAGGAAGUGUUCUCCGGAAUUAAAAAUUCUGGUGAACAGACUCUUGAAGAAAUGGCUUCUGUGAUUGCUGAUUUAGAAUAUCGAUAUUCCUGGGACUGCUCUCCCCUCAGUAUGUUUCGACACCACACCAUUUAUGUGGACUUGUACAGUGUUAUCAAUGACUUGAGUACCAAAAUUGAGGGAACAAUAUUAGCUAUUACAGCCUUAGAGCUUCGAUUUCGUGGAGCAAAAGUAGUUUCUUGUUUAGCUGAGGGAGUGUCUCAUGUAAUCAUUGGGGAGGAUCACAGUCGUGUUGCAGAUUUCAAAGCCUUUCGAAGAACGUUCAGGAGAAAGUUUAAAAUUCUGCAGGAAGCUUGGGUAACUGAUUCAAUACACAUGUAAGUUACAGGAGGAAAAUCAAUAUUUGUUUUAAAGCUUGUUUUUCUUAGUGAGGAAAGCAUUUGAUUUGACCGACUCCUAACAGGUAAUGAUAAAAUGUUAAACUAAAUAUUAUUUUAGUCUCUUAAAAAUCUGUUUGAACAUAUUAUUACAUAUAGAAAAACAAUAAUUUUCACUUUUGAGGUAGAAAAGACACUGAAUGGCCCAAAGCCAAGAUAGAAAAAAUUAUUUUAGUAAUGUAGUAUUUGAUGAUUUUUGUAAUCAAGAUGAAGUAAAUUUAAAGAAAAGAUGUUUAUAUAAUAUCCCUAUAGAAAUCUAGAAGUUUGACUCAGAUAUUAAUAAAAUGCAUGUAGAAACUUUUAGAGUCAGAGCAUUGACCUAACAAGGUUUUCUGAAAUCAAUAGUUUUUAAUCUAAUAAAAGCAUUGUAAGAAAAAAGAAUUGUUACGAUUGGACUUGUAAAAAUAGUUCUUUUAAAACUGAAGACUGAAUUCUUCUUUUAAAUGUGAAAUGUAAAGUAUAUUUUUUAAGGUCAAACUCACGAAUAAGACCUUUUAAUGAUGUCAUUAGCAAAAUUAGGGGAAGUAGAAUGAUGGGGUGGUCUAAAACAACUUUUAAUUAGAUCAACUGAUUUUUAAAAAACUAGAAAUUUUAAAAGUGCUUGCCCCACAUUUAACUUUUUUCUAAAAUAGAACAUGUUUUAAAGCAAGUAUUUUUAUGUGAAUUUGUACUCCAGUAUAAAUGAUAUUCACAGAGUGAUUUUCUAGAUAUACUUCAUCUCAAAAUGGCAUGUGUGUUGUAACUUUCAUUACAGAGAAAUAAAUUGCUUUGACUUUUAAUAUAACUCAUUUAUCCUUAGAUUAUUUAAAGUCAGUAUAUAUAGUAUAUAUUGUGUCUGGAUUUAUGUACCAAAUUGUGGAAUAUAGCCUAUACAUUUUGAAAAAUAUACUUUCAUGACAUCAUUGAAAUACUUGGAAUUUGGUACCUGAGAAACUGUGUGUUGGUUAUUUAUAAGUAAUUAGAAAUGUUACCCAAACAGUGGAACAAAUGUAUGUAAUUUUGUUACAUUUCUUAAUUUAAAUAAAAUGUUUAUAUACUG